AUGAAUGAGGUGCAGUCUAGUACAGGCUCACAACUAGACACUUUAACAACAAACUCCUUCAUGGAGUUCGACGCUGACAACACAGGCUCGAGAAUCGCACUGAGGGGCAGUGCAAUGUUUUGUGACAGAAUGGAGGAGGACCUACUACAACUGAAAGCCAGCAAGUGGAGAAUAGUGCGACAGGAAGCGGUGGAAGUCUCUCGUUUUGGACGCCAGGAUAGAUUUUGGGUCGCAGAACCAUCGGAGUCAGUAUAA